AUGGCGCCAUUGAACGGCACGUUUACGACUGCAAACGCAGCAGCAAACGGGUGUAAAAACGCAGCCGUUUGCUGCCGCGCUUGCAGCCGUAAACGCGCCGUUAAACGACUGCAAAUGCAGCAGCAAACAGCUGCGUUUUUACACCCAUUUGCUGCUGCCAGUAAACGCGCCGUUAAGCGGCUGCAAACGCAACAGCAAAUGGGUGUAAAAACACAGCCGUUUACUGCUGCGUUUGCAGCUGUAAACGCUUCGUUAAAUGGCUGCAAACGGCUGCGUUUUUACACCCGUUUGCUGCUGCGUUUGCAUCCAUACGCAGCCAUGCCCAGAACAAAUUAUGAUAAGGAGUGCAAGAUCUGUACUAGGCCAUUUACAGUGUUCUGGUGGAGACCUGGUAGGGAUGCAAGAUACAAGAAAAGUGAGAUCUGCCAAACAUGCAGCAAGUUGAAAAACGUUUGUCAAGUUUGCCUUUUAGAUCUUGAAUAUGGUUUACCAGUUCAAGUUCAUGAUACGGCACUCAGUAUCAACUCAAAUGACUCCAUAUCAAAGAGUGAUGUCAACAGGGAAUUCUUUGCUGAGGAACAUGAUCGCAGGGCAAGAGCUGGUCUAGAUUAUGAGUCCUCGUAUGGAAAGGAACGACCAAAUGAUACUAUUUUGAAACUGCAAAGGAUAACACCGUAUUACAAGAGAAAUCGAGCACAUAUUUGCAGUUUCUUCAUCAGAGGCGAAUGUACUAGAGGCGCUGAAUGCCCUUACAGGCAUGAGAUGCCUUUCACUGGUGAGUUAUCCCAGCAGAAUAUCAAAGACCGUUAUUACGGAGUUAAUGAUCCAGUUGCGCUAAAACUACUAAACAAGGCAGGCGAAAUGCCGUCGUUAGAACCCCCAGAGGACGAGAGCAUUAGAACGUUAUACGUAGGAGGGCUGGAUGCAGAGUUUCCGAGCAAGUCCUUAGAGACAACUUUUACCCCAGAGUUUCCGGGUGAUCAUGUGGCACUUACGUUUGCAUUUGCUGAAAUGGGGUUUAAGUUGCGGCGCCUUUACAUGCGAGAACAAGCUAUGUAGGCUGUGGGUUUAACCCAUUCAACAUGUCUUAUCACAUAGAAGAUUAACCAUCUUGAAUCGGUUCCUAUUGAAUAUGUGAUGGAUCCACGUAUAUGUUUAA